GGUUGCACCUUAACUAUCGUACGCAUAAGCCAGAAUCAGAUUGCAUUGCUGCCAAACGAUCAGUCACAGUUCAGCAAGAAGUGGAUAUUCAAGUAUAUCUUGCAGUUGAUAAAAAUAUUUCUAUUGUGAUGAACAACAAUAGAAUAAUUUACAUCCGAUAGAACAGAAUGGAGAACGCGAUUGACGAUAUACACAUGGUCGACAAAGAGGACCUUCACAAUAGCAAAGAAGACGAAGUUCAUCAGGCAAAAGUCGAUGCUAACCAUCUGCGUCAUCGAAGCUGUCUUAAAGACAACCCCAUACUACCACCUCAUGAUUCUCGUGAAUUGCUCAAUUAAAGAUAUACGAUGGAAACAAGCUUAUACCAUCAGUUAUACAGAUCGAAGCAAUGAAAACCUAACAAACUCUAACUAAACCACGAAGGGAACCAUAUGAUACUCACCUCGGCGCAGUGAAAGAGAUUUGACCCUUGCCAAGAUCUCGCUUCUCCGACGAUGAUGGCUACUAAUGAUUUUUCUCAGUGCAUUGAAAUACCUGUAUAUGGUGAGUGAGAAAGAAGAACACUACUCAUCCCUCUAUAUUGAGGGGAGACGAGAGGUUGUUUGUGUGAAAAGCCAAAAGAUACUGAGAAGACAAGCGAGUUAUGUGUGGGAAGCCAAGAUCCAAGGUAGACGAGCGGUUAAAUUUAAAAACCUUUGUGGGUAUUUAAAUACAUACGGAUGUUUAUAAAAUCCGUCUAUGACAAUAUCACGGGAAUUUUUUAAAAGUCAUCUGUGUCUGUAUGAUAAAAGCAGAUGAAUUUAUAAAAACCGUUUAUGAGUUUAUUCGCAUCCAGACGUAUGUCUUGUUAUAGACACAUCUGUUUUAACAACCGUCUAAUAAUAUUUUAUCUAUAACUAAUUAAAAAAUUAUCAGUGAUAUACCAUCGGCUUUCAAUAAUUCCGAUGCACCAAAGCAAGCGGAUCAAAAGAAAAAUACAUGCUUGCAUGGGCUGCAAUUGUUGCUUCCAUAAAAAGAAAAGGAUAUCCAAAUCACCAGCAAAGCCCACUCACUCAUGGCAGCAGAGCAGAGACCUAACAAACAAACAGCCUCAUGAUCAAGACUUGAAUUCACGGCCAGCUUUUGAGUUUGCUUUACUCAAGGAACAAGAGCAAAAACAGCACAAGAACUUGCCAUCACCAAGAGGGAAGGGGCAAGAGAGACGAGAAUACAGUAUACCACAGGGGCAAAAUGGUCAUACAGAAAAUGAGCAAGGCACUAUAAAUAAUGCUCCUCGGCAUGGCAUUGUGCAAGCAAAGCAAGCGCAGCUAAAUUCUUUCCGUCUCCUCUACUCUUGGCAUCUUUUCCAUUCUUUUAGUUUUGCUAGCUUCAAGAAGAUCAGAGGGUGUGAGCUCUUGGACAGGAGAGCAAGUGCAGCGAUGGCCAUGGGCGCGAGGAAUGUGUUGGUGCUGGCGCUUGGGCUCGCAAUGGCGGCGACAUCGUCGGCGGUCAUCUACAAGGCCGGCGACACCUCCGGGUGGACGAUCCUCGGCAACGUCAACUACACCGACUGGACUGCGAAGAAGACUUUCCAUGUGGGAGACACCAUAGAGUUCCAGUACCCCAAGGGCAUCCACAACGUGCUGGAGGUGAAGAAGGCCGACUACGACAGCUGCACCAACUCGUCGCCGAUCGCCACGCACACCUCUGGCGACGACAAGAUCGUCAUCAAGAGCCCCGGCCACCGCUUCUUCAUCUGUGGCGUGCCCGGCCACUGCGCCGCCGGCCAGAAGGUCGACAUCCGCGUCCUCAAGCCGCGGUCCUCUGACGCCCCUUCCACGGCGCCCACAGCAUCCGCGUCCGCGCCCGCGCCCGCGCCCGCGCUCGCCGCGGCGUCCCCCGGCGGCGGUAGCGAGCCCAGCAGCGCCUCGUCGCCACCGCCCGCCGCGACGACAGACAGCUCGCCCGACGCGACGACAACCGCUCCCGAGCCCAACGCCAAUGGCGCCGGAGCCAGCGCAGGCUACGGCCUGGUCGUCGUUGCCAUGGCGUUGGCAGCGGUCGCCUCCGUGUUGAUGCUACAGUAGACUACUACUCCCUAGCGAUCGUAUGCAUCGACAUGUGAUUAUUUUGCCGUUAUGCGCGUGGAGUGGCCAUUUUUUGUUCUUUCUCGUUGCUGAUGUGGAUUGUUCAGACAUUGUGCUUUUCCCUCGUGAUAUUAACUUCUUCUUUUU